AUGGAGCCCCACGAGGGCAGGCUGACCCUGCUCGGCUCUCCCCACGCCGCUACCUCCCCGUCCCCUGUGAGCCUCGCGGGCGAGCGUCCCGACCCCCGCCACGGCCCGGCCGCAGAAGCGGGUCAGGACCCGACUGAGCAUGCUCGCCCGCUCGCCGCCGCGUCUGGACGCAGCCGGGCCUCUAGAUCCGGCCGCGCAGGGGUGGCGCAGGUGCGCGGUCCGGGCGCAGACAGGUCUUCCUUUGAGACUCCACACUCUCCAGGGCCCUGCAGGACUGCGCUCGGCCACCUUGGACGAACUUCAGGUGGACGUGGGAACUUCUUGGGUAACGGUUACCGAGGAGAGGACGGAAAUGGAGAGCUUCCAGCGAGGAGAGUCUGCAGGCUGGAGAGGCAUCAACUAAAGACCCCAGAGAGAUGCCUUCAGCCUGUAGCUGAGUCCUGUGGUCAUGUAGCCAGAGGUCUGGAAUCCAGUGGUCUCGUAGCCUUGAAAAGCCCAUCAGGCUCCUCUGCAAGAAUACUGGAGUGGAUUGCCAUUCCCUUCUUCAGAGGAUUUCCCCAAUCCAGGCCUCAAACCCGGAUCUCCUGCAUUGCAGGCAGAUUCUUCACCGUCUGAGCCACCAAACAUGAAUGAAAGAAGUCAAUACUGGAUCAUGAAAUAAACAAUAUGGACAUCAGCAUAUUCCCUCACAGCCUGGCAUUGUUCUCUGGACAUGUGAAAAUGUGUGUGCACGUGAGCAAUUUACACAGACACAAGUUUUAUAUUUAUAGGCCUUGUAUAAUCUUAUGCCUAAGGAGUUUAGGAAAAUAAUUAACACUCAGUAUCCACUAACUAAGAAAAGGCAAUUAUUUUAACUUAGUUUUAAAAUUAUGACCAAAUACAUAAAUAAUAAAAAGUUGCCAUUUUAAGGUGAGGGAUUCAGUGGUAUUAACUACCAUCACAAUGUGUACAUCCAUCGUUACUAUUAUUUUCCAAAAUCUUUCAUCACUACAAACAGACCCCUUGUACCCAUUAAGCAUGAACCCUCAUUUCCAACUCCCCCACCCCGCCCUGGUUCCUGUAACCUCUGAUCAAUUCUCAGUCUCUAUGAAUUUGCCUAUUUCAGAUAUUUCAUAUAGUGGAAUCACACAAUGUUUGUCCUUUAGUGUCUGGCUUCUUUCAUUUGGCAUCAUGUUUUCAAGGUUUAUCCAUGUUGUAGGAGGUACCAGAACUCCCUUCCUUUUUCUGGCUGAAUAAUAUUCCACUGUGUGGUGGAUAGACCACAUUCAUCCACUGAUGUACACUUGGGAAGCACCCAUAUUUUGGCUAUUAUAUUGCUGCUAUGAACAUUCACAUUUCUGUUUGACCCCCAGUUUUUUAGUCUUUUUUGGUAUGUACUAGGAGUAAAAUUUUGAGGCACUGAUAAACUGUUUUUUACAGGGGGCUACACCAUUUUGCAUUUUAACCAGCAAUGUACAUUUUCACCAGCAAUUUCUAUGACUUGCUAUGCUCCAUUAAAAAAUAUAAUAGACAUCCUGA